AUGCUCUCAGACGCUCAUAUCCCAACAGAUCUUCGAGGUCUUCGCGCAUGCUUGUUGUGUUCCAUUAUAAAAUCAGCUGAAAUGUUUGAACGGCAAGGAUGUGACAAUUGUGAAGGCCUACUCGGUUUGAAAGACAACGCUGAAAAAGUCGAUGAAUGUACAAGGUAAGUUAUUGUUUUCCUUGUUGGUUUUGGCUUUUAGCAACGAAAGUGUAUUGACACAGGAGGAGAAAGGUUUAUUGAAGGCAAUGUUGUUGUUUUAAGAAGGGUUUUAAGCUGAUUUUAAGAAGAUUUAGCUUAAUUUAUAUUGCUUUAGUUCGAACUUUGAUGGAUUCAUCGCUGUAACUGAUCCUACUGAUUCUUGGGUGUGCAAAUGGCAGGUACGACAGUUUAUAAUAGUUUAGUUGUAUUCUUGUUUACUAUUUUCAUAUAUAAUACUUUUUGUUUUACUUGUUUCUCUAUGUUAUUUUGCUUUUUGAUGUCUUUACCAAUAAUAUUUCUAUUUUCGGCACACUAUUGAAAUUUACACCGAUUUUGGCAUUUAUUUUAAUUUUUUUAUUUCAGGGCAUCAAGACACGUAAACCAGGCCUUUACGCAGUAUCGGUUUCGGGAACGUUGAGCCGUGAAGUUGUUGGUGAAUUAAAAGAUCAAGGGUUCCGUUAUCGACCAGAAAUGCGAGACAAAUCGGUCGCUCAAUAA